AUGCAUCUAGGAAUUUCCAUCACCUACGCGCUAGCGUUGGUGACGGGUGCUUUGGCCGUCCCACCGCAGCCCCUGGCCGCCCGCCAGCAACCGUUUAAAUCGACGCCCAUCACCGACCACUCCGAGCCCUGGGCCUUCGCCUUCCUGCCCGACAACCGCAUCCUCGUCACCGAGCGACGGGGCAACCUCCGGCUCGUCGACCCAGCCACCAAAGCCAAGGGCACGGUCAGCGGCGUGCCCGCGGUGGCCUACGGCGGGCAGGGCGGUCUGCACGACGUCGCCCUGCACCCGGACUACGCCAACAACAACAUCAUCUACCUCAGCUACGCCGAGAGCGGCUCCGGCGGGGCGGGCGGGGCGGUGGCGCGGGCCAAGCUGACGCUGGACUCCAACGGCGGCGGCGCGCUCUCCGGGCUCGAGGUCAUCUGGCGGCACUCGCAGCGGGCGCAGGGCGGGCUCCAGUUUGCGUGCCGGCUGCUCUUCAGCCCGGAGGACGGCGCGCUGUGGAUCUCGUCGGGCGAGAUCAACCAGAUGACCCCCGCGCAGUCCAUGACGGCCAACCUGGGCAAGAUGAUCAAGCUCUACGACAACGGCACCGCCUUCGCGGGCAACCCCUUCGCCAGCCAGGGCGCCGUUCAGGCCCAGAUCUGGUCCCUGGGCCACCGCAACCCGCUGGGCAUCGACUGGGACGCCCAGGGCCGGCUGUGGGAGGUCGAGAUGGGCCCCAUGGGCGGCGACGAGCUCAACCUGAUUGAGCGCGGCGCCAACUACGGCUGGCCGUUGGUGUCGCAGGGCCGUCACUACGACGGCCGCACCAUCCCGGCGCACAGCACCCGUCCGGACUUUGCCGCGCCCAAGGCGUUUUGGGUGCCCGUCAUUUCCCCCGGCGGUAUGAUUAUCUACAAGGGUGAUUUGUUUUCCGGCUGGAAGGGCAAUGCUGUCAUCAGCGGGCUCAGCUCGCAAUCAAUUGUGCGCGUGACCAUCGCUGCUGAUGACACGGCCAAGGAGACGCAGCGCAUUUCGAUGGGCAAGCGCAUGCGCGGCAUUCGCGAGGACAAGGACGGCGCUAUUUGGGUCAUCGAAGAUGGUCCUAGCGGCCGGCUGUUGAAGCUUACCCCGAACUAA